CCGUGCUGCAGUUGCAAACGAAACGCCGAAGUGGCAAACGGAUCAAAGCAGCAAACAAGCAGAGCAGCAGCAGCGCAGCAGCAGCAGCAACUGGCAGAGUCAGCAAACGCAACGCAGCAGCGGCAGCGCAAAACUCCAACAACAAAAUGAGUUGGGGUACUGAUCUAUGGGAUCAGUACGAUAAUCUGUCAAUACACACAAACAGAGGCAUUGAAGUGCUCGAUAAAUAUGCCAAUUUCUUACGCGAUCGAGUGGCCAUAGAAACCGAAUAUGCCGGUAAAUUGAGGCGCUUAGUGAAAAAUUAUCAGCCCAAAAAGAAGGAGGAGGAAGACAAUGAAUUUACAUCGAGGCAAGCCUUCCGCAAUCUGCUCAAGGAGGUGGGCGAUUUGGCGGGACAGCGUGAGGUUGUGUCCGAAACCCUGCAAGUACAGAUAAUACAGGGUGUCGCGUUGCUAUCAAAAACACUGCGUGAGGAUCGUAAGAAAUGCCUCAACGAUGGCACCAUGUUGCAACAGACCCUCAGCGCACAGUUAUCAUCGUUAGAGCGCGCCAAGCGCAACUAUGACAAGGCCUAUCGGGACUCCGAAAAGGCCGUGGAGAAUCACAAGAAAGCCGACAUGGAUUUCAAUCUAAGUCGUGCCGAAGUCGAGCGUUACAAGAACAUAAUGACAUCGAAAAUCCAACAAUCGGACGAUGCCAAGAACGAGUACGCCAAUCAACUGCAGAAGACAAACAAUUUGCAGCAACAGCACUAUGGUAUUCUUCUGCCCGCCGUCUUCAAUCGCUUGCAGGAGCUGGACGAGAAGCGUACACGUGGCAUCCGUGAGUUCAUCAUUGGCGCCGCGAAUGUGGAGUCCUCGGUGGCGCCGAUCAUUGCACGUUGCAUGGAGGGCAUUGUAAAGGCCGGAGAAUCCAUCAAUGAACAGGAAGACUCGUUAAAAGUGAUCGAAAGAUACCAAUCGGGCUUCACACCACCGGCGGACAUACCAUUUGAGGAUCUAUCCAAGAUGGAUUCAUCGAUUACACCGCAAUCGACCUACAGCAAUGUCACCUACAAUCACAUGACCAUGAAGGGCACGAUCAGCGGUCCCAAGUUUAAAAAACCACGCGGUGGCAUUUUGAACAGCAUCUUUGGCAGUAACAAGAAUUCCCUCACUGCGGACGGACAAAAGGAGGAUUAUAGUGAUCUGCCACCGAAUCAGCAGCGUAAAAAAUUGCAGGCCAAAAUUGCAGAAUUGCAACAUAAAGUCGAACAGGAAACAAAUACGCGAGAUGGUUUAAUGAAGAUGAAAAUUGUCUAUGAGGCGAACUCAUCGCUGGGCAAUCCAAUGACCGUUGAGGGUCAACUUAACGAAUCCGAACAUGAAUUGGAAAAACUGAAAAAUGAUUUGAAAAAAUAUCAAGGCUUCUUGGACAAAGCCAAUCAACUGCAUGUGGUCAACAAUAGUCCGCAAUCGAAUCGCAAUCAACUGCAAAACGGACACCGAACAUCAAGACAUUCCAAUGGCAGCGCCAGCGCUGAUGAUCAUAAUGAUGCCGAUGAUCAGCCCGAUGAUGCUGGCAGCUUAAGCAGGUCAGAUUCUGAGGAUAAUGUGGCGCAAAUACAAAAUGGGCAUAAUAAUAACAAUAACGGCAGUUCGGCAAGUCCCGAAAGCGGUCUAGGUACCUCGCAUACCUCACUGCCUGGUUCCGGACAGGGUAGCGCCAACGAGAAUGCAAUUGGCGAGGAAGCGUGCUAUGAAACGGAGGUGGAACUGUUGCCAGCCCUGGGCACAUGUCGUGCACUGUAUCCCUUCGAAGCUACCAGCGAAGGCAGCAUACCCAUGAACGAGGGCGAGGAGCUGCAGGUGAUUGAGAAUGAUCAGGGCGAUGGCUGGACGCGAGUGCGACGAGCGAACAACUCAAAUGGCUGGGACGAAGGAUUUGUGCCGACGAGUUACAUAAAUUGCACACUCUUUGCUUAGAAAAUGUUUGAGUGGAAGGGGUAGAGAGAUCCCUAAGGAGUAUAAACAGAAGAACAGCAGGAGGCAGUUUUAAAUGUUAACUACUUAACAGCAUUUUUGCAUAUGUUCCAUACAUUUGUGUACUUUUGUCAUAACUUUGCGUUACUCUGGACAGCCAUAAAACAUUUUAAAUCACAUUAACAUACAACACACACACUCACACUCAAGCACACGCACAACCAUGUACAUUUGACUUAAGAUAAGGUAAAGAUUUCGUUUUCUAUACAAAUGUUGUAUACUAUUUACUAUGAUUUUAAAUGGCAUUGAUGAUGAAGUAGAUAUAUCAUAAAAUAAUAAAACUUAUCAUAAUUAAUUAUACUAUAUACACUAUAUAUAAUACUAUAUAUGUAUGUAGUAUAUUUAAAUGCACCCCACGAGCAGACCUCACCUAAUUCUAAGCAAAAUGCAAACGUUUCCCUCUUCACAACAUUAAAUCAGAACAACAAUUCAAAACAAUCAUGUAUUAACUAUUUAUAUACUGUAUACAUCAAUUUAUAUAUAUAUAUAUAUAUACAUAUAAAAAGUGUAAUUUAAUUGACACCUAAAGCAUAUUUAUCUCAACCAUCAUAAAAAAUAAGCUGGUAAACAUAUUGAAGGCACUCCAAAAAUUAAAAAUUCGAAAUGCACUUUGCAAUAUGCUUACUACAUUUAUUUUUUAUAAUUGCAUUUCGCAUUUCAUAUUAAUAAAAAAAAGAAAAUAUAUACAUACAUACAUAUAGCACCUGCUACUUUUCGAGCUGACCAAGAAAAGCGACAGACACUGUGGCUAUUAGAUUGUAGAGAGCACAUUUAAAAUUAUUGAUAAAUAUACUAAUUAAAUGAGAGAAGACGCUUCCAAACAACUAUUGAAAAUAAAAACGAUCUAAUGUAUGGCAAAAGUUAUGACAAUGUUGCAUGUGUGGCAUAUGCGAAAUUGGCAAAAAAAAAAAAACAUAAUAUAAAAUAAAAAUUGGAAAGCAAAUAACGCGCUAGCUUGUUAUAUAUGAGAAAUAGCAACAAUUGUACAUUUUACUUUACAAACUUAAUUAUAAUUUUAUACCUAAAUAACUUUUGUAUUGCUUUUUUGCCUUGUACAUUUUCACACACUUACACACACAUACAUACACACAUUUAUAUGUAUUUAAAUAAUGAAGGAAAUGUUUUUGAGGAAAUUUUUGAAAUUAAUUUCGUUAUAGGCAAAACAUUUUAGUUAUUUAAGUUAACAACAAUUAAGGAUUAAGUCAAUGCAAAGCCGGGCGGCGCUACCUUUUGUUAUAUGUGUUGAACGCCAACUUUGCAAUACAUUUAUAUUUAUAAUUUACAUAAUAUAUGUAUACAUAAUGCUAUAUAAACAAACAUAUAUAUAUAUACAUAUAAAUAACCGAAAUCAAAAGAUAUAAGUCUGCGACAAAAAGCAAAAAUAUUUAGCUGACCAGGCGAGUGAAUUAGAAUUUUAAUUAGUUUCUUUACAACAUUUUAUUUUUGGUAACAAUCUCCGAUAUGUCUGCAGUCUGGGAGUAUUACGCUGAAUAGUAAUACUCUACUAUAUAUAAUUUAAGCAGGUUGUUAACAUAUUGGAGAUUUAUUGCUUUCAUUGAACAAAUUUUUAUCUUAUUUUUUUCAUUUCAUUUUCAUACAAUGCAAACGAAAGAAAAACUGAAUACUAAGUGCGAGCGCAAAAGAAUUUAAAAUACGCGUAAUUCCAAAAUUCUUAAAUUUAUAUAAUUUAUAUAUAGAAACUAAUGCCGAAUGAUAAGCAGACACUUGAUGAGAGAACUGAGAUAAUGUUUUACAUAAAAAAUGUGUGAAAUCAGUUAAGAAAUUAAGUGGCAAAUGGUGUCAUAUGUGAAAGUGGUCAAUUUUAAAUGAGCAUGACAACAUUUGUAAUAAAGAAUAACGAAAAUAAAAUGAAGAUUGAAUAAAA